CCGCGGACAUUUUGGCGGGAAGCGCGGGGUAGGCUGGACAAUGAGAGUGUCCGCCGCCUGAGCCAAUAAAGCUGUACAGGUUUUGAAUCGCGGCGCAUUUCCCGCCGCCGAGGUCAGGGGUCGGGGUUCGGGUCGCGGGGCGGAGGGAAGAGCGGGCGGACGGCAGGCGCCGGCGCCAGACGCGGAGAGAAGGAGCUACGACCCUCCUCCCAGAGGCCGCGGAGCCAACAACGACCGAGCCAGCCGAGCCGCCGCCGCCGCGCCCCCAUGGCGGCCACCAAGGACACCCAUGAGGACCAUGACACUUCCACUGAGAAUGCAGAUGAGUCCAACCACGACCCCCAAUUUGAGCCCAUUGUCUCUCUUCCUGAGCAAGAAAUUAAAACGCUGGAGGAAGACGAGGAGGAGCUUUUUAAAAUGCGGGCAAAGUUAUUCCGAUUCGCUUCAGAGAAUGAUCUCCCAGAAUGGAAAGAACGAGGCACAGGGGACGUCAAGCUCCUCAAGCAUAAGGAGAAAGGGACCAUCCGCCUCCUCAUGAGGAGGGACAAGACCCUGAAAAUCUGUGCCAACCACUACAUCACACCAAUGAUGGAGCUGAAGCCGAAUGCGGGCAGUGACCGUGCUUGGGUCUGGAACACCCAUGCCGACUUUGCCGAUGAGUGUCCCAAGCCAGAGCUGCUGGCCAUCCGCUUCCUAAAUGCUGAAAAUGCACUGAAAUUCAAAACAAAGUUUGAAGAAUGCAGGAAAGAGAUUGAAGAAAGAGAAAAGAAAGGGGGCGGAAAUGAUAAUGCUGAGAAAGUGGUGGAAAAACUUGAAGCUCUGUCAGUGAAGGAGGAGACCAAGGAACCAGAAGAGAACAAGGAGAAAGCUGAGGAGGAGAAGCAAUAAGUCGUCUUCCCUUGUUUUCUUUCCCUUCCUUUCUUUUCCUUUUUCUUUUUUAAAAAUUUGCCCUGCCCCUCUUUUUCUUUUUUUUUUGGUUUUAUUUUUAUUGUUUUGUUUUUACAAGGGCUUUAUAUAAAGAACUGAAUUCCAACAAUUCAGGUUGUUUUCUAAGUUUUUGCCCUAUUGAAGAUGACUACAGAAAAUCAUUCCCCAGUCAUGAAAAUGUACUGUGCUAACUUUCUUUUCCAUAGUGGAAACAUUUAUAGUCAUAAGAAUUAGUGAAUAAACAACACAUUUGAAACCUG